AUGUUUAGCGUAGAGGAUCAUUAUGGCUCGUACAUGAGGAAGGAAACCAUUCGAGCUCUUUCCCAAAGAUUUUCGUUGGCAAACAAAAGCGUCAAAACUUCCAAAAGGAAACAGACCGCAGGGAUUCCAAGUGUUGAAAGACAAAAAAUAAGAUAUAAGGACUUCGUGGAGAUAAGUAAAAAGUUUACUGAGUAUCUAUCCGAGUUAAAGGGAGGAAUGAGCCCAUCAACUUUUGUAAACAAAAUGUACAUGUGUGAGCUAACAGGUGCAAAGAUCAAGGUUGUGGGAGGAACGCAUGGAAUAAUAGUCGAAGAAAGAGCCAAUUCGAUAGUUGUUGUCCUGGAAAAUAACUCGGUAAAAACUUACUUAAAGGGAACAACUGAUUUCAUAAUUCCUCAUAAUGGAAUAGAGUACAUAUUUAUUGGAUCCAAAAUGAAAGCUAAUCGGUUCAUAAAAAAAUAA